CGAAUAACUCCUGUGAAUAGCUAGAAAGAAACUUCGGUAUGUUGUCAUCGAUAUUUUCCUCGAGCAUGGAGCGCGUCACGUGUGAAGACAGCAUUUUCCAUCAAUGAAAUGAGAUUUACCGGCACGAGGGAAGUACUUCUGCACGUCUGUUUCAGCUGCGAAAUCAACCUCUCGAAACAGCUCGGAUACUUGAACGCGUUUAUUUGUAUUAUUCAUGGAGACUGUUGGGAAGUUUGAGUUCAACAGGAAAGACCUGAUCGGUCACGGUGCCUUUGCAGUUGUGUUCAAAGGCAGACAUAAGGAGAAACGUGACUGGGUAGUUGCUGUGAAAUGUAUCAACAAGAAAAACUUGGCCAAAUCGCAGGCGUUGCUUGGUAAAGAAAUCAAAAUAUUGAAGGAACUCAAACAUGAAAACAUUGUCCGACUUCUUGACUAUCAGGAAAUGGGAGGGUGUGUGUAUCUCGUCAUGGAGUACUGCAAUGGAGGCGACCUGGCAGAGUACCUUCACUCUAAGGGCACGUUGAGUGAGGACACCAUCCGCGUAUUCCUGCAGCAGAUCGGUCGGGCCAUGAAGGUCUUGCAGAGCAAAGACAUCCUCCACAGAGACCUCAAACCUCAGAACAUCUUGCUCUGCCACCCAGAGGGGCGCAGGUCCAGCGCCGGCAAUACCUCUAUUAAGAUCGCUGAUUUCGGGUUUGCACGUCAUCUCCAGACGAACACUAUGGCAGCCACGCUGUGUGGCUCACCCAUGUACAUGGCUCCUGAGGUCAUCAUGUCCCAGAACUAUGAUGCCAAGGCUGAUCUGUGGAGCAUAGGUACCAUUGUGUACCAGUGUCUGACUGGAAAGGCUCCAUUUUACGCCAGCACACCGCAGGAGCUCCGUUUGUUUUAUGAAAGCAACAGGACCCUCUUACCCAGCAUCCCAAAGGAGACUUCUACUAACCUAACACACUUACUGUUGGGGCUGCUGCAAAGAAACCACAGCGAACGGAUCGGCUUUGAUGAGUUUUUCCACCAUCCUUUCUUGGAGAAGAACUCAUCCACAAAGAAAUGCUCUCCAGUUCCUGUGAUCUCUUUCCCCAGUUCAGGCUCAGUCAGUUCCUGUAGCAGCUCCUCCACAUCACAUCUGACCUCCCCUCAACAUUCCGAUGCAGAAAUGCACCGACUUCAGCCCAAAGCACAGUAUUCGCCUACACAGGACACCCACGGCUUCCUCCUGAAGGAAACAGUCAAUCAAGACAGUAGGAACACCUCAUCUUACUCAGAGGACUAUGUCAUGGUGCACGGCCAGUUUCCAAGUGGGUGCAUAUGUGAGCUGGAAAUUGGGUCACCCAUUGACAGUUGCCUGAUAUACAGUGGAAGCCCACUACUGGCUGAGAGAGGUCCCAGAAAUGCAGGAAGGACACCUCCACCCUCUCCCCUGCUACACUCUCCCUCCAAGCCUGUUAGCAAGCCUGUUGCAAUUGUUGGCUGUAAGUACAGCCCCUCGUUGCCGAUUCCUGUCCCAUCUCAGAUCCAAAACUACCAGCGUAUGGAACAGAACCUGCAACCCGUUGGCCUGCAUGGCUCCACCAGGGUCACACUCUGCUGUGCUGGCAGCCGUUCUCCGCAAUCUGGAGGCUGUAGAACUCCAAGUCCAAGAUUUAUCCUCAACUCCCCACGGCUGGCAACUGGAGGAGCCCGACCACAACAAUCCUCCCCGCUAGUGGGAAUGACUCCAAUCACCUCGGAGCAGACUCUCCCGCUCAGCACAAGAACUGGACUGCUCGCUGGCUGUCCAGACAGGCAGGACACCUCCAGUCCCAAGGUUCAAUCAAGAAUGCCACACCGAAACAGGACAGUCCUAGACCUUCAAUCCCUUCAACCAUCUCCUGCUUCCCAGACCAACAGCUCGAAAUCAGCCAAUAAAAAUGGCCCUUUCAGAAGAUCACUGAGCACAGGCAGGCUGUCUGACAUGCUACUGAAGGCGGCCGUUGGAGCUCACAUUUUGGAGGAGGGCAGCGACGAGAGCCUCAACUGUGAGAAAGGCAUGGAUAUAACAGCUCCACCUACUGGUCGUCAUAGAGGCUCUCCGUACUCAGACAGCCCACCUCCUGGAAUCUUCACUACAGGUUCUCAAUCCAGAGGAAGCAUUCCUACUGAUACCACGUUGCCACGGAUGUUCUCAGGCUCCCCCAGCUACAUUAACUCAGCCUGGCUACUGAACAGUCGCCUUCUCCAGGGAGGAAGCCGUAGAAACAGUGAGACUGAAGCCAUGGACGCUACUCCGCACAGCAGUCUGGUCUUUCACCCUCCAGAGCUCCCGGAAGAAACCCUGAUGGAGCAGGCUCACACAGAUGCACUGAAUGAGAUGCGUUUCACUUUGGCUUUUGGCCACUGUGUCAUGGAAUUGGCUUCAUCUAAGGACUCGGGGCUGGAUGCCAUCAGCAUUCCUGAUGCUUCCUUUCUAGAGCAGAGUUUGGUGACGGAUCAGAUCAGCCUUCUGAGUAGAGAAUGGAGCUAUGCAGAGCAGUUAGUGUUGUACAUGAAGGCUGAAGAGUUUCUAUCAGCAGCACUGCACACUGCUAAAGAGACUAUCAAACAAGGCCGACUCCUUCCCUCUGCAACAGUCAAAGAAGUGAUAAGGAACCUGACUGAAUUGUACAAGAGCUGUGUAACAUACUGUCGCACUCUCAACCAUCGCCUGCAGACAUUCUUGCUUGACAAACAAAAGCUUAUGGACCGCUUCAAUGGACUCACAGCAGAGAAGCUCAUCUACAGCCACACUGUGCACAUGGUACAGUGUGCUGCCCUAGAUGAGAUGUUCCACUAUGGCACAGCAUCAGUCCAGCGUUACCACAAAGCCCUUUUGCUGAUGGAGGGUCUGUCCCGAAUCAUCACAGCGCAGAAGGACGUCGACAGCAUAGAGAAAUGUAAGCAGUGUAUCGAGCGACGCCUUUCCGCUCUGCAGACUUAGCAGUAGCAAUGGGCUCUACAACUGCGGCCACACCAACUGCAUUAUCCUGUCUCAUUCAUCCCUAAAUGUAGAUGGAUCCUCCUAGACUGUCAAUACACACAUGCACUUUGAUCUGUCUUAAGGGAAAUGACCACUGGAGCAUCUGCUCUUAUCCCACCAGCCAGUCUGUAAUCUUUACAUAAAUGCACAAAAAGACUGAAAGUCCUGUUUUGGACAAGUUCUAGAAGACGGAUUUUGUCAUGAUUGUUUGAAUACUUUGAUCAGGUAAAUUGUUCAGAGUUUUUCUGUUUUGUUACAGACGGAAUAUGUUAGUGUGUUGUUUUGUUUUUUGCACAUAGAAAAAUCAGAUUAAAUAAUAACUGAUUUUAAAUUUGAAACAAAUGUUAUUUAGCUGUUUUCUGUAUUUGAAGGGUUGGUGUUAUGUGUACUGUAAAAGUUCACUGGCCAGCAGAAGUCAGAAUAUUUUGGAUGACCAAAUGUGUAGCACUAAUAUUAAAACUGUGCCUGUUUUUUUUACUACAUGUUUCAUCCCACCAGAGUAGUGGAUGUAAAGGUAAUGAAAGUAUGUCUUGACCUCAUACAGAACGAUUGUCUUACAGUCAUGUGGACUUACAUCAUAGACUGCAAUAAGUAUAUUUUGAUAUUUGCCCUCCGUCCGUGGUAGUGUACUCAAUCGUACUUUUAAACGACAUUAACUGCAUGCCACUUUGCUUAUGUUUAUCUGGUGUUUCUUUGUGUGUAUGUGUGCACAUUAGUUUAUUUCCCCCAGCUUCUUGGAUUAAUGGAAAAAUGUUCAUUUGUGAAUGUUUACUAGUUUUAGUUUAUUAAAUUACAUAUUCAUAAUUUUGUUGUUGAAAUGAAAGUUUGUUAGAAUUCAUCAAAUUGUCUUUUGUACUUGUUUUUAUGAGUGCCAGUGAAA